AUGAGUUCGAAUGAAGUCAUAUCUAUCCCAACAACUUCAGUUUCGAAGGAUAAUGUUGUAUACUAUAAUGUGAAUAUUAAAAUGCCAUUAAGAUCAUCUAGUGUUCUGAGGCGGUAUUCGGAGUUCACGAGAUUAGUUGAUCAAUUAUGUUAUGAAAUAGGGAUAAAUAAUAAAGACUUUCCCUAUAAGUUACCACUGAAAGCAAGUAUCUGGUCAAUGACUAACAAAAAUGCAGUUGUUUCGGAAAGGCAAAUCGAAUUGACGAGUUUUUUGAACCAAUUGCUCAAAGAUAAAGAUUUACAAAACCAUCCUCUUGUGCAUGAUUUUUUGCAAUUGCCAGCCAGCUUUAAAGUGACAUCAAGUAUGUUUGAACGUAAGGGUAAAGAUGCUAGUAUUACUGAACUAAUAAUUCCGGACGCUCAAGCAAUUGAUUCCCAUAAGUGGCUCGAAUAUUCAAGGCUCUUUAAGUACCAUAUAAAUGACCUUCGAGACUCGUAUAACACAGCAGGGAAUAUUUCUAUGAAGGUGGAUAUUAGAGAUAAGAUUAAUAAAAUCAUUAAGCCUAAUUUGGCGCAGCUUUCGGGUUCUUUAACUAAUUUGCUCAACAACCAGAUGAUAGAUAAACGAGAAUACAACAAGCGACAAGUUCUAUUAGAGUCGCUUAAGACUGAUUUGGAUGAGUUAUUUGGUGAAUUGGAUGCCUUGAAUAGUAAGAAUUCAAACAAACAAACUUUAUUUUCAAAUAGUAGACGUGUUCUAGGUGGAGCGAAUACUGCUGACAAUGCAAAGGAAACCAAUGAAACACUUCCUCUAGAUAACCAGGAGCUUUUACAGCUGCAAUUGCAAAUUCACCUGCAACAGGAUCAGGAUGUAGCACAAUUAAGGAAAUUAAUUCAAAGGCAGAAAGAAAUCGGACAAACUAUUAAUACUGAAGUUGAAGAACAAAAUGAAUUAUUAGACCAAUUCAACGAAGAUGUGGAUAAGACUACCGAUAGAUUACAGGUGGCUAGAAAGAAAGCGAGAAAUAUUUUAUAA